UUGUAUGUUUCCUCAAUUGGCUUGAGUGGCCACAACCGAAAAGGCAGUAAGAGCAACAACAAGCAACAGCUAAAAUGGCAACAAGCACAACAAUAAUGACAGCGACAUCAACAGCAAGAGCAUCAAGCGUCGGCUAGCAAUAGCGGCGAUUAGCAAUUCUAUGUAUUGUCAGUUGAUCGCUUUGCUUUGACGGCAUUUGAAGCGAAAUUCGAAAUGUGUGCCUUGUGUUAACGCUCACCGUACCCGUUGUGAACUAAUAAUUAAAUAAAAGAAAACAGUUAUUACGAAAACAAUAGAAAAAGUGUUAAAAAUAUUGCUAAAUUGGAAAAAAGAAGAAAAUCCGCGACUGAUCACACGAACUCACUUACACAUUAGCUAAGCGCCGCGACGACAAACAGCUGUCAAAGAUGACAACCACACAGUCAACUGUCAUUGUGACGAUUGACAGUAACGAUGGCGUUCUGGAGGAUGUGCUACCUGAGUUGCCUUCAAAUGUUGGACAUUUGUUAGAGGAACCCGUGGAAAUACAGUGCCCGGCUUGUGGCGUGAAAUGCUUGACCAUUGUUGAGCGACAGGCAGUGACGUUUCUGCAGCGAUUUGUUGCUGUGAUAAAUUUUUGUCUUUGUUGCAAUCCCAUACGCUGGAGUGGUCGCCAUGACGUCAAUCACUAUUGCAGCGAAUGUGGCUGUUACAUUGGCCGUUACAUAACGUUGAGUUGGUACAAGCGACAGUUGUUCAAAAUGCAGCACUCGGAUGUGGUGUUCGAAAAUAAGUGGCAACGUUUUCGCAAAGUCGAAAAGGAGGCACUCGACAAUAAGAUACUAGCGAAGCAGCGACCAAAAGAACUGAUGAAACUAAAGACGACAACGAACGAGCCGAGCGUUUUUGAGUAAAAUAUUAGAUAUUUA